AUGACAUUACAUCGAAGGCAGCUAAGUAUUUUUGAUCAGGUGGAUUUGCAUAUUCUUUCCCUUGCGACUAAUGUCGACUAUUCUCACCUACAAAAAGAAAGAAGUCAAUUGGCUGCACAUUUGAGGACGCACAUGGCUGUUCGAGCGCACAUGUGUAAAAUUUGUGGCCGAGGCUUUAUUGAAAAAUCGCAUUUGGUUCGCCAUGAACGGAUUCAUCUCGAAGACAAACCUUUUAAAUGUGACGCUUGUGAUUAUGCUUCCAGUCGUCGUGACAAAUUGAAGGAGCAUAUCCUCAAGCACCACAAUGGGACCAUGGUGAACAAGUCACAGAGGCGUCGAUAUCGAAGGGCAAAGCAACUGGCUGCGCUUACUGCUCAAGUGAGUUGA